AGUGGUCCAGAGUGCUCCAAGAAGACCACUCUCGGUGUUCGGUGUCGCAUUUCCGCGUAGUGAAGUGUUUGUGAAUUUACACACCACGUGGAUUACAUCGGUAAAUAUUGCGUAAUGUUCGGCCUUGGUCUGUAAUGAGCUGACGUCCCGCAAAGCGUAAGAAGAAUUCUGAGACAAUGGCAGAGAGGAAAGAAGAAGCGCAAGAUUGCUUAGAAAAUACCCUUAACUUAAAUCGACACGAAGAAAUCGAGUUACAAACAUUAACCGGUGUUCCGAAUUCGGCGAAUAAAAUACAACCGCAAAAAUACGAAAAUGUACCCGAACGAGGGACGUGGGGUAGUAAACUAGACUUUAUAUUAUCGGUAGUUGGUUUGGCUAUAGGUUUAGGAAAUGUAUGGCGGUUUCCUUAUUUGUGUUAUAAAAAUGGUGGUGGUGCCUUUCUUGUACCUUACUUUAUAACACUUAUCCUUGCUGGAAUACCUAUGUUCUUCAUGGAGCUCGCACUAGGUCAAAUGAUGACGAUCGGAGGCUUGGGAGUGUUCAAAAUAGCCCCCAUAUUUAAAGGAAUCGGAUAUGCAGCUGCGGUGAUGUCAUGUUGGAUGAACAUCUACUACAUAGUGAUUUUAGCCUGGGCCAUUUUCUACUUCUUCAUGUCGUUAAGAUCAGAUGUUCCUUGGCGCACUUGUAAUAACUACUGGAACACCAAAUACUGUGUUAACCCUUACGACCGCAGUUCUCUAACAUGUUGGGAGCAAUUCCAAAAUAACACCUUUAGCAAAAUUUGCACCAUUAACCAACAUAACAUCUCAGUAACCGAACUAACAGACCCAGUUAAAGAAUUUUGGGAACGACGAGCGCUUCAAAUUUCCGCGGGAAUAGAACAUGUGGGAUCAAUCCGCUGGGAACUGGCAGGAACUUUGCUUCUAGUCUGGAUCGUUUGCUAUUUCUGCAUUUGGAAGGGCGUCAAAUGGACCGGCAAAGUCGUGUACUUCACCGCCCUAUUCCCUUACGUAUUACUGACCAUCCUCCUCAUUCGAGGAGUCACCUUACCCGGAGCUAUGGAAGGCAUCAAAUUCUACGUGAUGCCGAACGCCGCGAAACUUAAAGAAUCGGAAGUGUGGAUCGAUGCCGUUACUCAAAUUUUCUUCUCGUACGGUUUAGGCCUAGGAACGUUGGUAGCCCUCGGCAGCUAUAAUAAAUUCACCAAUAAUGUAUAUAAGGACGCUUUGAUUGUGUGUUGCGUUAACUCGAGCACGAGCAUGUUCGCCGGGUUUGUCAUAUUUUCAGUGGUCGGAUUCAUGGCACACGAACAGCAGAAACCGGUAGCAGAAGUCGCUGCUUCAGGACCUGGACUUGCCUUCUUGGCAUAUCCCUCCGCAGUCCUCCAGCUACCCGGGUCUCCUUUAUGGGCUUGCUUGUUCUUCUUCAUGAUUCUCCUCAUAGGUCUCGACUCGCAGUUCUGCACCAUGGAGGGUUUCGUCACUGCUAUCAUCGACGAGUGGCCCCACUUGCUCCGAAAGCGGAAAGAAAUCUUCAUCGCGAUAGUCUGCUUCCUCUCGUACCUCGUGGGAUUGUCCUGCAUCUCAGAGGGUGGCAUGUACGUGUUCCAAAUCCUGGAUUCCUACGCGGUCAGCGGCUUCUGUUUGCUCUUCCUCAUCUUUUUCGAGUGCAUCGCGAUCUCGUGGGCCUUCGGUGUCAACCGAUUCUACGACGGCAUCAAGGAAAUGAUCGGCUACUACCCUAUAAGUUGGUGGAAGUUCUGCUGGACCUUUACUACUCCGGUUAUCUGUGUGGGCGUGUUCAUAUUUAAUUUGAUACAAUGGACUCCGGUGAAAUACUUGAACUAUGAAUUUCCAUUGUGGGCGCAUUUGUUCGGAUGGUUUACGGCGCUGACCUCCAUGUUGUGUAUACCGGGAUACAUGAUCUGGCUCUGGUUUGUCACACCAGGGGAUAGAGAAACCAAAAUUCGGCUUCUCGUAAGAAUAGAAGAUGAUGUUCCCACUGUCCGAGCGAAAAUGCAGCUGGAAUCGUCGUCAGUGGCAGUAUAAUUGUUCAAUGGUAUAAACUUUCAAACUUUUUUUACCGUGUCACAUCUCGUCUUCCACUCAAAUUUUCAUUAGUGUUCAAUCAGCUUUGUAAUUAAGCAACUAGCAUGUUUUUAUUAAUGUUGUAUUUGUAAGUUUCUAUACUUCAUACAGUUAUUAGUAUGAAUCUUUGAGAGUACCGCGUACAAAAUCUUGUACUAUACUUGAAAUAAUUUAAUGCGUCAGUCAUGAUGUUAAAAGUGUUAAAUUAAUGGAGUUACUUCGUUUAUUAUAAAUUAGCUUCAUAUGUCAUUGUUUAAUUUAUUAACUUAUAUAGAUAAGGUUUAGAAUUAAAUAUGUAGUCGUUAAAUCAUAUUUAAUGUAGGUAAUACUGUACAAUAAUAUUUGUUGUAAAGAUAUAUGUCGCUUCUGCAAAAAUACAACAA